AUGGCACAGGGUUUUUGUGAAUUUGUGUGGCUCAAGGUAUUACUUAGUGAUCUUGGGAUAACUACUGCUGAGCCAAUGUAUCUUUACUGCGAUAAUAAGGCUGCCAUCGGUAAUGCUCAUAACCCGGUACAGCAUGACCGGACAACACAUAUUGAGAUCGACAUGCAUUUCGUCAAGGAGAAGCUUGAGCAAGGCUCUAGUUGCAAUCCUUUUGUCACCAUAGAAAACCAGUUGGCUAAUGUGUUGACAAAGGGUUUACAUUGUAAAGUUUUUCAUCUUAUUUUUGCAGUACAUGGUAUGGAGUUUGCAUUUGGAGCCCAUGAGUACCCAACAAGUGGAGUGUUUGAGGUGGAGCCGAAAUGCUGUCCUGGUUUUGUCUUCAGACGGUCAGUGUUGCUGGGCAGUACUGACAUGUCCCGUUCAGAGUUCCGGUUAUUCAUGGAACAUCAUUCUGGACAAUAUCAUGGAGAUAGCUAUCAUUUGAUUGCGAAGAACUGCAACCAUUUUACUGAUGAUGUUUGCAUGCGUCUCACUGGAAAACAUAUUCCUGGUUGGGUGAAUCGGUUAGCUAGAUUAGGUUCUUUCUGCAACUGUCUACUACCAGAAAGUAUUCAGACUACAACAAUUAGGCAUCUACCUGAUCAUCCUGCAUAUUCUGAUGAUGGGUCUGAUUCUGUUGCGUCAUCACCAUCAGCAGACAGUGAGGAAGAGAGCUCAGAUCAUCACCUGCUGACUACACAAAAUGGCGAUGUGGCAUUUAUAAAUGAGAAAUCAUUGAGGCUUGCGAAGGAUCUCUUGUGAUUAACUAUACCUUUGUUUCAUCCUUUGCCUGCCUAUUGUCUGUACUAGCAGUGUAUGAUUUUCAAUUGUAUCAAUAACCCUUUCGUUUCAAUAUGCUGGUGGAUACUGGUCAUAGCUCUUCAAUGGACUCUGGUGGAUUCUGAUGCCUAGAUUUGUCUUUGUAUAGUAAUACAUGUGUCUUCAAGUUUAAUGUCUAUCCACCAUG